ACGCACUUUAAAACUCACUCAGUCUGUCAAAACUCGCUUGCUAAGAUGGACUGGACGGGUUUCUGUGUGCUGUUGAUAUUGAUUUCAUGUGUUUGCUCAACAAAACUGCAUUAUGAUGCUCGAGUGACGGUGAAAAACGAAGGUAUAACCAGGUUUUCUUUUGAAAACCACCAUAGUGGUUUGGUUAAGCUGGUCAGCACCUCCGGUAGCAUCAUCUGGAUGGGAAGAAACGAGACCCUUUAUUCCAUCAAACCAGCACAAGACUUCAUACCCAAACUGGUAAAUGUGAGUCUCUGUGAGGAUGAAAGCGAAGAUUCAGACAAUUCAAAGUGUCCGUACAGGCUCUCUCUGCUCAGUCAGGGCGCUGAUGGAAAUCUGUUUUUUUGCGGAUCUACUUGUGAAAAUACAAAGUGCUGUAACUUGACCUCCAGUUAUUCCCUGACUGACUGCUUCAAAUUAGAAAAUUAUAAGCCAAUUAUUAAUGAGCCAUCGUUACUUGUUGAUGAUAUGCUGUACUUCACUACGUCUGAGAUGGGAUUGUACAGGGUAAACAAGGACAAAAAUUACAACAUUUGGUCUCAGUCGACUCAACUGGAGCAAAAGUACUUGAAGCUGGUCGCUGGUGAAGGCCAACACCAGGACAAAGUUUAUUCCUUCUUCGCUGAGAAACACAAAAGUAAAGAUGGCGAAUCGGACCAGUGGAUCCCUCGAGUCUCUCAGAGCUGCAAGAAUGACCGUGGCGGUCGGAAGGGUCACCUUCAGAACAGCUGGACCUCGAUGAUCUACGCCCGGCUGUUCUGUGGGAGAGGUUAUGACUUCAGUCAGCUGAUAGAUGUGGCCACGCUACAAACGGACGACGACGACGACAUCAAAAUCUAUGCGCUUUUCAGAAACUAUUGGAACAUGAGUGCUGUGUGUGUUUAUAACAUGACUGAAAUCAGCACUAUCUUCACUUCCUCUGAGUUCAACUCCAACAGCGUCCCUGCGGGUCACCGGCCCGGAGCGUGUGUCGCUGACAGUGCUGGUCUAAGCUCCGAGGUCCUGAAGGUCAUGUCGGGGCGUCCCGAGAUGAGGGAUUGGGUGAUGCCGGAGAACGGACCCCUGCUGUUUAGACACCGCCAUUACACACACAUCCAGGUGGACCGAGAGCAACACGACACGGUCCUGCUUCUGUCUCUCGAAAGUGGAGGGGUCCAUAAAGUCCUGGAAAAGCCUGUUUUUGUGAUCGCGGAGUAUCUUCCGUUUCCACACGGGACACACAUCACCGGCAUGCUUCUGGACACUUCUGAGAAGCGUCUGUUCGUGAGUUCCAGUAAUGAGGUUGUGCAGAUUGACCUGCUAGCAUGCAGUGUGUACGGAGAUGAGUGUACCGACUGCUUGUUAUCUCGAGACCCCUACUGUGGUUGGAACGGUUUGCAAUGCACAUCCACUGAAAAAGGCCGAGUUAAAGACCCGCACGAUUGCAAGAUGCCUUUAGCCGAACCAUCUAAGACCCAGUUCAGUGCCGAGACGCCAGUGGUUCGUGUCCCGGCGUCCUCCAGACACUUCCUGGUCUGCCCGAUGACAUCACAUCACGCCUCGUACCACUGGCACCGCGGGAACACGCGUGAGGAGUGUGUGCGUUCGGAUCAGGGCUGUUUGUACCUCAUCGACAGCAUGGACGCGUCUCACGAGGGGUCGUACACAUGCGUGUCUUCAGAGGACGUCUAUAACAGGACCGUCGCUCGAUACGAGCUUGGCUUGAGCCGGUCCAACGCUCGCCGGCUCACUCCUGUAGGGUUACUUCUGCUCGCGGUGAUGUCACUUCCUGUUUUAGACUUUUGAAAGUGUUAUCUGACCCUGAAGUUCCUGUCAAAUCGGGUCACCUUUAUUUCUAAAGCGCUUUAUACAAUGGAGAUAGUUUCAAAGCUGAUAAACAGGAACACAAUGAUGAUCAGUGAUGCAAGAACUCAGAACUAGAAAGACAAGUGCCAUUGUUUAGCUGAAAAAUUAUCAAUACACUGG